CCCCUUCUCCCGACGACGGCCCCUCACGUUCGGUUUCAAAAGACUGGCUGCCCAAUGACUAGCAGGGCGGGCCUGGAGUGGCGGCGACGUCCGCCAAUGCCCAGGCAGCGAAGGCGGAGCCCCGGUGCGAGCCUGUGACGGCGGGCGGCGUGUGACGCAGUCGGGCCCUGUGCGCGCUGCGCCCGAAGCUGCGGUCGGUAGCGGCUGCUGCAGCGGCGGCGGCGGCAGCGGCAGCGGCGACGGUUUCGUGGCGGCCGCGCGCUGCUCUCUGAGCGGCGUGUGGCGGGCGGGCCCGGGCCCUCGAUUCUGACACUUCCCUUCCCCCACCGCGGCGCGUUUUCUGAAGCAAGGACUUACUUUGAAGAUGUUUAAUAAAUCAUUUGGAACACCCUUUGGGGGUGGCACAGGUGGCUUUGGCACAACUUCCACAUUUGGACAGAAUACUGGUUUUGGUACUACUAGUGGAGGGGCAUUUGGAACAUCUGCGUUUGGUUCUACCAACAAUACUGGAGGCUUGUUUGGAAAUUCACAAACCAAGCCAGGAGGAUUAUUUGGCACCAAUUCAUUUAGUCAGCCAGCCACAUCCACAAGUACUGGUUUUGGGUUUGGCACAUCUACAGGGACAUCAAAUAGCUUAUUUGGAACUGCAAGCACAGGAACCAGUCUCUUCUCAUCCCAAAACAAUGCCUUUGCACAAAACAAACCAACUGGUUUUGGGAAUUUUGGAACAAGUACUAGCAGUGGGGGACUCUUUGGAACUACAAAUACCACUUCCAACCCUUUUGGUAGCACAUCUGGUUCCCUCUUUGGGCCAAGUAGUUUUACAGCUGCUCCUACUGGGACAACUAUUAAAUUUAAUCCUCCAACUGGUACAGAUACUAUGGUUAAAGCUGGAGUUAGCACUAACAUAAGUACCAAGCACCAGUGUAUUACUGCUAUGAAAGAAUAUGAAAGCAAGUCACUAGAGGAACUUCGUUUAGAAGACUAUCAAGCGAACCGGAAAGGCCCACAGAAUCAGGUGGGGGCGGGCACCACACCUGGCCUGUUUGGGUCUUCUCCAGCCACCUCCAGUGCCACAGGACUCUUUAGCUCUUCAACUACAAAUUCGGGCUUUGCGUAUGGUCAGAAUAAAACAGCGUUUGGAACUAGUACCUCUGGAUUUGGGACAAAUCCAGGUAAUCUGUUUGGCCAGCCAAAUCAGCAGACAUCAAGCCUCUUCAGCAAACCAUUUGGACAGACCACAACUACUCAGAACACCAGCUUUUCAUUUGGUAAUACCGGUACUCUAGGGCAGCCAAGCACCAAUUCCAUGGGUUUAUUUGGAGUAACACAAGCGUCACAGCCGGGAGGUCUCUUUGGGACAUCUACAAACACCAGCAGCGGGACAGCAUUUGGAACAGGAACAGGCCUCUUUGGGCCAACCAAUGCUGCAUUUGGUGCUGUCAGUUCGACCCUGUUUGCCAAUAACAAGCUUACUUCAUUUGGAACCAGCACGACCAGUGCUCCUUCAUUUGGCACAACCAGUGGCGGGCUCUUUGGUUUCAACACAAAUACCAGUGGUAGUAGUAUUUUUGGAAGUAAACCAGGACAAGGGACUCUGGGAACUGGCCUUGCUCCAGGAUUCGGGACAGCUCUUGGUACUGGACAGGCAUCUUUGUUUGGGAACAGCCAGCCUAAGAUUGGAGCGCCUCUUGGGACAGGAGCCUUUGGGACCACUGGGUUUAAUACCACAACAGCUAGUUUGGGCUUUGGAGCCCCCCAGGCUCCAGUCGCUCUGACAGAUCCGAAUGCUUCUGCUGCCCAGCAGGCAGCUCUUCAGCAGCACAUCAAUAGUCUAACGUACUCACCUUUUGGAGACUCGCCUCUCUUUCGAAAUCCCAUGUCAGAUCCCAAGAAAAAAGAAGAGAGAUUGAAACCAACAAAUCCAGCAGCUCAGAAAGCUCUCACUACACCCACACAUUAUAAACUAACACCUCGCCCUGCUACCCGAGUUCGACCAAAGGCUUUACAAACCACAGGGACAGCCAAAUCGCAGCUCUUUGAUGGACUGGAUGAUGAUGAACCAUCCUUAGCCAAUGGAGCAUUUAUGCCCAAGAAGAGCAUUAAGAAGUUGGUUUUAAAAAACCUUAACAAUAGCAGCCUCUUCUCUCCUGUUAAUCGAGAUUCAGAAGAUCUAGCCUCACCAUCUGAUUAUCCAGAAAAUGGAGAGAGAUUCAGUUUCCUGAGCAAACCUGUUGAUGAGAACCACCAGCAGGACGUAGAUGAUGAUUCUCUUGUAUCACGUUUUUAUACUAAUCCUAUUGCCAAACCUAUUCCUCAAACCCCAGAGAGUGCUGGAAAUAAGCAGGACAAUAGCAGCAGUGUGGAUGAUACCAUCGUUGCAUUAAACAUGCGUGCUGCCCUAAGAAACGGGCUGGAAGGAAGCAGCGAAGAGGCCUCUUUUCACGAAGAGUCACUGCAGGAUGAUCGAGAAGAAGCAGAAAACAGUUCUUGCCACAUGCAUCCAGCAGGCAUUGUUCUCACUAAGGUUGGUUACUACACUAUUCCAUCUAUGAGCGACCUUGCAAAAAUCACCAAUGACAAAGGAGAAUGCAUUGUCUCUGAUUUCACGAUUGGUCGUAAAGGUUAUGGCUCAAUCUAUUUUGAAGGAGAUGUGAAUUUAACAAAUCUAAAUUUGGAUGAAAUUGUGCAUAUCCGAAGGAAAGAAGUGAUUGUCUACUUAGAUGAUAACCUAAAACCACCUGUGGGUGAAGGGCUAAAUAGGAAAGCUGAAGUUACACUGGAUGGAGUUUGGCCAACAGAUAAAACAUCUCGUUGUUUAAUAAAGAGCCCAGAUCGACUUGCUGAUAUAAACUAUGAGGGAAGACUGGAAGCAGUCUCAAGAAAACAGGGAGCUCAGUUCAAAGAAUACCGUCCAGAAACAGGGUCUUGGGUGUUUAAGGUCUCCCACUUUUCUAAGUAUGGCCUUCAGGAUUCUGAUGAAGAGGAUGAGGAACGGCCUUCUAAAACUAGUAUGAAGAAGUUGAAGACUGCUCCUUUGCCUCCUGCAGGCCAGGCCACCCCAUUCCAGAUGGCUGUAAAUGGCAAACCAGCACCCCCACCCCAGAGCCAGAGUCCAGAAGUGGAACAGUUAGGAAGGGUUGUGGAACUGGAUAGUGACAUGGUUGAUAUCACCCAGGAGCCGGCGUUGGAUUCCAUGCUAGAAGAGAAUGUUCCUGAAGAUCAGGAACCUGUGUCUGCUUCAACACACAUUGCGUCUUCACUGGGAAUUAAUCCACAUGUAUUACAGAUCAUGAAAGCAUCAUUGCUUGCUGAUGAAGAAGAUGUAGAUAUGACCCUGGAUCAGCGCUUCAGUCGCCUUCCCUCUAAAGCAGAUACUUCUCAAGAAAUUUGUUCUCCCAGACUCCCCAUUUCUGCAUCCCACUCAUCAAAAUCCCGCUUAUUAGUUGGUGGAUUACUACAAUCAAAAUUUACAAAUGGAGCUUUUCUUUCACCAAGUGCCUCUGUGCAAGAAUGCCACACUCCCAAAGCAUCAUCUUUGUUGAAUAUUGCAUCCACGUCUCCUUGGUCUCUCCCUCCAGCCCUCACUUCUGUGUUUACAGUUCCUAGUCCAGCCCCUGAGGUCCAGUUGAAAACUGUGGGCACACGUAGACAACCAGGCCUUGUCCCUCUUGAAAAAUCUGUCACCUAUGGCAAAGGGAAACUUUUGAUGGACAUGGCCCUGUUUAUGGGACGCUCAUUUAGGGUUGGCUGGGGCCCAAACUGGACUCUUGUAAAUAGUGGAGAACAGCUGAGUGGCUCUCAUGAACUGGAAAAUCACCAAAAUACUAACUCUUUGGAAUAUGGAUUCCUGCCUAAUCCAAUGGCUGUUAAAUCUUUAACUGAGUCCCCAUUCAAAGUUCACUUGGAGAAACUCAGUUUGAGACAGAAGAAACUGGAUGAAGACCUGCAACUAUACCAAAUACCUCUGGAGCUUAAAUUAAAGCAUAGCACUGUCCAUGUGGAUGAGCUGUGUCCUCUCAUUGUCCCAAACCCAGGAGUUGCUGUCAUUCAUGAUUAUGCGGAUUGGGUUAAAGAAGCCUCACAAGAUUUACAGGAAGUACAAAUUGUGAAACACUGGAGCCUAACAUGGACCUUGUGUGAAGCUCUCUGGGGUCAUCUGAAGGAGCUUGAUGGCCAGCAGGAAGAACCCAGUGAAUACAUGCAGAUUUUAGAGCGAAGAAGAGCUUUUUCUCGAUGGUUAUCCCAUACUGCUGCACCUCAAAUUGAGGAGGAAGUCUCCUUAACCCGGAAAGACAGUCCGGUGGAAGCUGUCUUCAGCUAUCUCACGGGCAAGAGGAUCAGUGAGGCCUGCUCUCUGGCCCAGCAGUCAGGUGAUCAUCGUCUUGCCCUUCUUUUAUCCCAGUUGGUGGGGAGUCAGUCAGUCCGGGAGCUACUUACACUGCAGCUGAUAGACUGGCAUCAGCUCCAGGCUGACUGCUUCAUCCAGGAUGAGAGACUACGAAUCUAUGCCCUGUUAGCUGGAAAGCCGGUGUGGCAGCUCUCAGAGCAGAAGCAAAUCAAUGUGUGCUCUCAGUUGGAUUGGAAGCGCUCCCUGGCUGUCCAUCUUUGGUAUUUGCUCCCACCAACAGCUUCCAUUUCCCAGGCACUCAGCAUGUAUGAAGAAGCAUUUCAGAAUACCUCUGAGGGCAACAGAUAUGCUUGCUCCCCACUUCCUUCAUACCUGGAGGGCUCGGGCUAUGUGCUAGAAGAAGAACAAGAAUCAGAGAGACCACUUCAAGAUGUGUGUUUUCAUCUUCUAAAGCUCUACAGUGACAGACAUUAUGAUCUCAACCAACUAUUGGAGCCUCAAAGCAUAACCUCAGAUCCUUUGGAUUACCGCCUAAGCUGGCAUUUGUGGGAAGUGCUCCGUGCUCUUAACUAUACUCAUCUCUCAGAGCAGUGUGAGGGUAUGCUGCAAACCAGUUACGCUGGCCAACUGGAAAGUGAGGGCCUCUGGGAAUGGGCCAUCUUUGUCCUCCUGCACAUUGAAAACUCAAGUAUGCGUGAGAAAGCUGUUCGAGAGCUACUUACUCGCCAUUGCCAACUAGUGGAGACCCCUGAAUCUUGGGCUAAGGAGACUUUUCUAACCCAGAAACUCUGUGUGCCUGCUGAGUGGAUUCAUGAAGCCAAAGCAAUACGGGCACAUAUGGAAUCUGAUAAGCACUUGGAGGCCCUCUAUUUAUUUAAAGCUGGGCACUGGAAUCCCUGCCACAAACUUGUUAUCCGACACCUCGCUUCUGAUGCCAUCAUUAAUGAGAACUAUGACUACCUGAAGGGUUUUUUGGAAGAUCUGGCACCUCCGGAGCGCAGUGGCUUAAUCCAGGACUGGGAAACCUCUGGGCUUGUUUACCUGGACUAUAUCCGGAUGAUUGAAAUGCUGCACCACAUACAGCAGGUGGAUUGUUCUGGUUAUGAGCUGGAGCAGUUACACACCAAAGUAAUCUCACUAUGCAGCCGAAUAGAGCAGAUACAGUGUUAUAAUGCCAAGGACCGCCUGGCUCAGUCAGACAUGGCCAAACGUGUAGCCAAUUUGCUUCGGGUAGUACUGAGCCUUCAGCACACCCCUGAUGCAGCCUCCGAGUCCACACCAGACCCUCAGAGAGUCCCAUUGCGCCUCUUAGCUCCCCACAUCGGCCGGCUCCCUAUGCCUGAAGACUACGCCUUGGAGGAACUGCGCAGCCUCACACAGUCUUACUUGCGAGAACUUACUUUUGUGACCCACUGAGCCCAGACCUCCUCCCGCCACACUCACAACUUUCACACUCACCACACACAGGUCCCCCGACACUGAGUUGAUUGGCCCUGUUGAUGUCAUCUGGGUUUUCCUCUACCUGCCUUGUUGCUUCCCCAAGCAGCAUUGUCCUGUUGUUCAGGACUUGAUACUGAACGUAGUAUAAGGAGUUUGGAACCCAAAAACAAGCCACGUCUCUCUUUUUUUUCCCCCUUAAUUGGACAGUGAAACACCUUUGGCGGGUUACCUGCCGGAGAACCAGGGAAUCCUUUUCCACCUCCAGCCAUCCUGGAUCUUGUGACCAUCAAUGCCAACCUGCUACCCUACUGUUUUCCCCAACCUUUUUAUAGUAGAAAUCUUACAAGGACUAGUGAUUAAACCACAUGUGCUGACCUAGGACCUUCCUUCUUGAGAGAAGGAAGGAAGACUGUCCUUUAUAUAGGUUAAUGAGUUUACAUGACUUGUGGAGUCAAAAGAGGGCUAGACUGAUUUACAACACAGAAGGGUCUUUUUGACUCAAAGGGUAGUUGAGUGCCUGCCAAGGAGGAAUUUGUUCCUGCCUUGAAUGUUCCAUGGACACCAAACCUCCCUUACAUGCAAGAGCCCUUCAUCACAGAUCCCAUGUUUGUGGAAAGCUCUCAAAACUCAGUAUGACCUCUGGUUUUCAGAGACCUUGCUAGGCCUUCUGUCUGGAUUUGCCUAUAGUUUGGAUAAAGCAUGUCUCUGUUGUUCUAAUCCAAAGCAUUUCCCACUCUCCAUCUGCGGUACCAGAGUUAACACCAUCAGUAAGGCAAACGGGGAACUGGAUUGUAGGAGCAAACGGGCAGAGAGCCUUUCCUGCACUUCUGCCAGCUGCGGGAAGUCCCAGGUAAUGGCUGCGACAGCUGACAGAGACAUCUUGUCACCCCUGGGUCUUUAUGCAUGAAGAUUAUGUAAAGGUUUUUAUUAAAGAAAAAAGUAUAUAUAUAUAAAUAAAUGAUCUAGAUUAUUUUCUUUUUCCGAAACUACUUUCUUAUAAAAAAAAAAAUAAAAUGAAAUGUUUAUAGCA